AUGACGAAACCAAGAGUCAAGAAAAGGCCGCACACCAGAUCUUCCAAAAAUUCCUUUGGUCAACACAAGGUAUUCGUCGAGUUCAAGAAAGACCAAGAUUUUACCGGAAGAUUGUCCAAGGACACCUACGACGAGAUGUACAGGCGCGGAUGCAUCGAAGAUAAGGAACUUCCACCAAUGGACUUGCAGAAUCCUAUCCAUCCGGUCUUCCGCCGUGAAGCCUUCACUGACAUCUCAGAUGACGAGUACGAACGUAUCCGACCUGCGCUGACAUUAGCCUCACGGCUCAUCACAGAAGAAGAGUAUAUGGGAUUUUGGACGCACAUAUGCACUGGAAGACCCGUAGACGACAAUCGACGGGGUAAAAUGUGUAAUGGUAGGUGGAGGAAUCAGGUUAUUGAAGCGGCGACAGUCGACAGCCAAGAAGCGCUCGCACAAACCCAGCAGACGCUAUUGAAUAUGGCGGAUAACCUUAGUUUUGUGGUGCUUGAUGAAGAGUGGUCCAAAACUGACUGGAUGAGGGCUGCGGAAAGCUUCACUGAUCCGGGUCACAGACAAUGCCGACGCAACGAGGAUCUCGGAGAAGACCGGUGUGCACUCGGUGAGUGCGCACACUGUGAUUCCAAUAGCCAGGCUCGAUGCCAUGUCUGCCAUACCAGUUAUUACAACAGCAAGACUAUCCCGCAACUGAAAGAAUUACUUUGGAACCGCAGCAUUCCGCAUGCGUAUGGAAAUUUCAGACUGAAGGAGGACCUAGUUGCUGCGCUGGAACAUCUUGAUGAAGUCAUGGAGGAAGAUUAUCAUGGGCAGGACUCUGCGUAUAGAACGACAGAUGAACAGCUGUCCAAUCUCCAAGUGGGCCUACACUGGGACGUUGUCAAGCACAUCCGAGACGGGCUUGAAGACGAGGUCUGGACGGAAAGCGAAGAGACUCGAUUUCAGAUGGCGGUUGGAGCUACGCUGUGCCACGAGCUUGCGCACAUGUUCUGGUGGUGGACGCAAAGACGAUGUUGGAACUGCGAAGGGGCUGAUCCAUGGUGGUCGAAAACGGAAGCAACCUUCAAUAGCCAACCAGAGAUCGGCAACAGCUGGGAAUACUGGGCUUUCGGAUCUCGUGUACCAGGUGCAGGUAAGCUCCAUGAGUGUACCGGCCAGGAACUUCCUAAUAUCUUCCAGCGAUGUCAGUGGAAUUGGAUUGACUCCACAGAACAAGGUGGCCAAGGUAAGCACAGUGUCUUGAUCCACGAUUUUAUCUUACCGGUUGAGUACACCAACUUAUGGUUUCGAGAGUCUACGUGGGAAGCCAUCGCACAGAAUGGCAGAAAAAUGGGUCGUCCGAGUCAUGACAACUUGGUGAUCAUGCGAGAACUUCCAACAGAUUUGGUACAGGAGAACGCAUUCGGAAACUAUGAGUGCACUAUUGAGAAAUACAGCCAUAAAGAUCUGGUUGCUAACGGUGGCUUCAAUGGAAACAACAACCAGUUCCUAUAUGGAAGCACAGGGCUGAUAACCAAGGCACAAACAGAUGUAUAUGUGAGGAAAUUACGCAGGGAGUUGUGCGAGAAGCGCCAGAAAGAAAGGAAAGCUACGAAGCGUAAACCGACAAAAGUGUCUCCAGGAAAGAAAAAGCCGACUAGAGAUGUGCAAAGAACGGAAGAGCGUACAGAAGGACCAAAGACAAGGAGUGUAACGAAGCAGAGGACCAGAGAAACGAAGUGA